UGAAUUUUGUGAAUUCGCCAGCGUCCGCGGCUCUGCCUUCGUGUCUGUGUCUGCAGAGCCAUCAUGAGAAGGGGCAGAAGAGGAAGAAAACAGGGCCGCCCUGUUCAAGCAGACGAUAAUUGGAGGCUCAAAUCCUCUCUUCACAAUCAGAGCCAACCCGACACCACUUCUCAUGAAAAUCUCCAAUCCCCUCAACCCACACACGAUUCCGAUUUUCAUCCCAAAUCUCAAAGUCGCCCAAACUCCAAAUGGGUAUCGCGGAAUCAGCGUGCCCAUGUCGCCAAAACCACGUUUGUUAAGAAAUCCGAAGUGGGUUCCGGCAGUGAGGUGAACGAACAAAAACAAGAAGAAGAUGAACAAAAACAAGGGGAAGAAGAAGAGGGAGAAGGUCCUAGAAACGAGCAGACUGAUUUGAAUGAAGAGGUGGUUGAGGCUUCUGACUUUACCCAUGAUGUUGAUGAUGUUGGAAGUAGAUUAGAGAAGUUAGUCGUGGGAGUGGAAGAGCCAGAAUUGUCGGAGGAUCGGCUAAGAAUCAAUGCCCAGUUGCAGGAGGACGAGUUACUUGCUAUGCAGUCCAUAUAUGGUGACAAUGUCUUUAUCCUUGAUAGACAGCAAGGACUGCAAUCUUUUCAGAUCCAUGUACAUAUUGAAGCCCUGGGUGAACUUACUGUAACUGCAAAGCUAAAUUCAUCAAGUGGCCGUACAACUGAAAGUGAUGGUUCAGAUGAUUUCUCUUACUCUUUCAAUGUUCAGUAUCUCCCACCAAUUGUGUUGACAUGUUUGCUACCCAAAGCAUACCCUAGUCAUCUCCCUCCUUAUUUUACCAUUUCUGUUCAGUGGUUGGAUUCCAUUAGUGUUUCCAAACUCUGCUCUAUGCUGGAUUCAUUGUGGAAGGAACAACCACGACAGGAAGUUUUAUACCAGUGGGUGGAAUGGCUACAUAGUUCGUGUCUUUCUUAUCUUGGAUUUGAUAAAGAAAUAGUUCUUGGUCCUUAUAACAUGGGAAAUUCUGAAGAUAGGCGUGCGAUUUCAGGAAGUGUUUCCCUAGAUGUUGAUAUUCCUUCAAUGAAGAGUUACAAUGAUGAGAAACGCCAUGAGAAUUUUUCCAAAAACUUUCAUGAAUGCUGCAUCUGUUUCACUGAAUAUGCAGGUACUGAAUUCGUCAAAUUGCCAUGCCAGCAUUUCUUCUGCUGGAAAUGCAUGAAAACUUAUUCUGAGAUGCAUGUAAAGGAAGGCACCGGAAGCCAGCUUCUUUGUCCAGAAACAAAAUGCAGGGCCAUGGUUCCACCUGUUUUGUUGAAACGAUUGCUUGGUGAUGAAGAAUUUGAACAUUGGGAGUCCUUAAUGCUGCAGAAAACACUUGAGUCAAUGUCUGAUAUGACCUAUUGCCCGAGAUGUGAAACAAUCUGCAUAGAGGAUGAAGACCAGCAUGCACAAUGCUCAAAGUGCUUCUUUAGCUUCUGUACACUUUGCCGGGACCGACGCCAUGUGGGAUUAGAAUGCAUGACUCCAGAAGUGAAGCUUCAUAUCUUGCAGGGGCGCCAGCAUUCAUCUCAGCUGAAGGAUGAACAAAGGAAAAAGGAGCGUGAAAUGAUCAAUGAGCUUCUUAGUGUUAAGGAAAUACUCCGUGAUGCUAAGCAAUGCCCAUCUUGUAAGAUGGCAAUUUCCCGAACUGAAGGUUGCAACAAGAUGGUCUGCAAUAACUGUGGCCAGUAUUUCUGCUAUCGCUGUAACCAGGCUAUUGAUGGAUAUGAACAUUUCAGGGAUAGUGCAUGUGAACUUUUCCCACAAGAAAUGAUUCAGAACUGGGAAUGGGACUGGGAAGCACGGCUUAAUCAACGCCAAGUUGUGGGUCAGAUUCAGGCUGAACUCUUUGCUGAUCGUGGUCACUCAUGCCCCAUAUGUCGUCAAAUCAAUGUAAAGGUCGGCAAUAACAACCACAUAUUUUGUUGGUCAUGCCAGAGCCACUAUUGUUACUUAUGCAAAGAGAUUGUGAGGCGCAGCUCUCAGCAUUUUGGGCCCAAGGGUUGCAAACAACAUACGGUGGGAUAGCUGCAUCGACAACUAGAGAAGCUAUUCAAAAGGGAAAACCAAUCCAGUUGAUGAUAACUACACCCUGGUAGCAGCUGACUGGAAAGAUGUGUUGGAGCCAUGGGGAUAUAGAUUAUGACUUGAAACUUACCAGAAGCAACAUCCUCACUUGGCUGGCCAUAUACGCUUUCUUGGAUUCCUCUUCUGGGUGAUGAUACAUCCUGUUGCAAGUGUACUCUGCUCCAUAUUUUUAUCUUUGCUUUGCUUUCUUUCUUUCUGCUUAAUUCUUCUUCAGUAGUGGAGUGCACAUUUCUCUUUACUUGGUUGGUUCCCAGUCAAAUCUUAGCUACCAGAAAUGAUGUAUAUGUGAGCAUUUGGUGAGCAUGGCUUCCCAUUGUCGUGAUUGAAUCGUGUUUAGCAGGAAAAGAAUAAAAGGAAAAAGAAAGGGGAAAAAACCAGACUUGCCAUUUAGAGAGAAUUAUACACUGGAAUUGUACAUUCAGUUAAUAAAUAUGCCAUUGAAUGGAUGAUUGUUUCAUUUA